AUGUUUCUACCCAAGUGCUGCUUGUGUAUGCGAGAUGCUGGAGCCUCAGUGGAGUUCUUCUUCUUGGAGUGUGGUCAUUUUGUGUGUGAGGCUUGUAUUUCAGUAACUCCUCCUACACAGAUGCAUAUGGCUCAUGGCAAUACUUCAUCUUUGAGUGGGUUUUGCUCCAGUUGCAACAGACAAAGUCAGGCAAUUUCUCUGGCGGAUUCGAAAGGAAUACCCAGAAACAUUUAUGAAUAUGUAAGCUCCAACUAUCGUAACUUGUUCAACGAGGCCUUUUCAAAACUGGACUCGGUCUUGAAAUUUCAGCACCAACACUAUGAACAGGUGAUUGGACAACUACGAACCGAGAAUUUAAGGCUAAAAGAAUCCUUAGAGCAUUUCAAUACAGCAAGCACCGCUUCCAUGCUGAGGCAACAGCACUCUCAAAGGACACCCCCAAAGUUCCCAUUUUCCAACAUGAUAGAACCUCCACUAUCUACAACACCCUCACAUUCACCAUACCAUUAUUCAUCACAUUUGCAGCAUGCACAAGAUGUCCUUAGCACGCCAAGACUUUCUUCGUCCAACAUGUCGUCCUUCAUGUCACCUCAUCGAACAGGAAUUGGCACUCCCAUGCCCCAUACCAACUCGAUUCGUUUGCCAACACCGUCUCCAAAAGUACCUGGUGUGAGCCCAAUACGGCCAAGCACUGCAUUGAAUGAUAGUUUUAACCAAAUGACAGUGCAUCAUCAUCCGCAACAGGACAAUCAAGAACUUUCAGAGAUCAUGGCAGAAACAGCACCAAGCAUGAACACACCAAGAAAGCAGCCUUCCAAUGAUGAGACUAGCAACGACUCAUCGAUGACACAGAUUUCGACAAUUUCACGAACCAAGUCUUUGGUUCCAAAAGCGUUGAGUAGACCACCCCCACAACAUCAAUCCACCCCAUUGAUACAAAGCGUAAAGCAAACCACAAUUCCCGCUCAACCAGGUAGCAAAGGAAGGUCCACAGUCAGAGCGGAUACACCAUUACUAAUUUCCAACAGGUCUUCUCCGCAUCAGCAAGAAAAGAAAGGAUUGUUAUUGAGGAAACAUUUAGUUGGACAAGCUGACCAAUUGAUUGAGCAAAAUGUGCGACCUCAAACACGAUCGACUACAAAUGAUGAAAAUAUGGAUCCAUCUUUAUCUAGCACCACCUCUGAUCAAAAUGUCAUUGAUAAGCAAGCCAGUGUGUUAGGACUUCCCAAAAGAGUUUCAACAGGACACAAAGAUGUUUCUCCAAGCUCCAAAACCAAAUCACCCCCAACUUCAAUUCAAAAGCAAAACAAAACAUCUGCACUGGCUCCCCAUAAUACUCCGGUCAACCCAAGACAGCUGCUUUCCCUUGCCACACCAUCCAGACAAAGACCUCAGUCCAGUCGAGGUCUUGCAAACAACACUCGUCAAUAA